GUAACCAAAUACAGGGACGGUGUGUCUGAGUCUCAGUUCCAAACGGUGUUGGACUACGAGCACAGAAAACUACUGGAGGGUUGUCGUAAGGCCGGUAUCACUACUCCACCCAAAGUGACUUUCGUAACGGUGCAGAAGCGACACCACACCCGCUUCCGUCCAGCCGACCCCAGACAAGGCACCGGACGUAUGAAAAACAUUCCGGCGGGCACUACAGUCGACUCGCAUGUCGUCCACCCGACCGACUUUGACUUCUACUUGUGCUCACACGAAGGCAUUCAGGGUACGAGUCGUCCGACCCAUUACUAUGUCCUCCACGACGACUACGGGUUCAGCGCUGAUGAGCUCCAGAAGCUCUCGUACUACAUGUGCUAUACGUACGCGCGUUGCGAUAAACCUAUAAGCAUACCGGCGCCCGUACAGUACGCCCAUUUGGCCGCAUACAGGGCUCGCAACCAUAUAUUGUCGUACAAUCAACGCGCU